AUGAUGCUUGCUGUAUGCUAGUACAUUCAGUGCAAAACAAAAUUUCAGGGAAGACACAAUGAGGUGCAGAGUAUGUCCAGCUUUGUGUACUUUUCUGUCUCUGGUUCUUUGCACAGCUAGUCUAGAUCUUAGCCAGAUCCAAGUUUAUCCAAAAGAUGGAAUCUCCGAAGUAUUCAUAGUCCAGUUAAAGAGCCAAAAAUACAAAUUCAAUGCCACUACAGCUAUAGAUGUAUGCACAAGUCUGGGUGUUAGUAUAGCCACUCGUGCUCAAGUAGAAUCUGCACAGCGCAGCGGAUUACAGACUUGCAGAUAUGGUUGGGUUAAAGAGAAAGUUGCUGUUAUUCCUCGUACUGAGAAAAAUCCAAAGUGUGGCCAAAGUAAUGUUGGAACCAUUGUUUGGGUUGCUUCUUUUGACCAAUUAUUUGAUGUGUUUUGCUACAAUUCAAAAGGUCAAACUGAAGCAACAACAUUCACCACCCCAAACAUGACAUCUGUGUCUGAUGGGAGGACUCAAGCUAAACCAACCUCCCCACCAUUUUUUUUGUCAACUCAGCCAACCAAAAACCUCCUUGGUUUCUCCACAUCUCCUCAAUCUAUUUCAACUGUUUUCAGCACUUCUGUGAUACCUACAGUAUUUUCUUCCACUGUCAUCCCUAUGACUACAUUGAUCUCUCAAACAUCCCCAUCUGAUAUUUCCCUCACAAGUACAUCACAAGGAUAUCAGUCUUCCAAUUUUUUGCCUUUUUCUACUUCUUUCUCUGCUACAGAUCUUUCCUCGCAUCCAUUCACUAACUCAUCCUCCGUAAACAUUUCUUCUAAUAAAACAGAUGGGCAACCACCUCCUGAAAAAGGAUUUUCCUUUGGAGCAGUAUCCAUUGCAUUGUCAUCCAUUUUUGUGAUGCUCCUGAUUAUAGCAGUAAUCGGCACAGUUUGGUAUUUUAAGAUUAAAGGACCACAGCGUCGUUCUCCAUGGGAAAGGAUAUGCCACAAUGAAAUGUUCGAGACUGAGAUGUGGAAACAAGAUUUCAACAUACACAAUGACAGUGGGAACUGUGGUGAUGAUAUAACUCUCCAGUUGGAAGAUGAUACAAUAUCAUCCUAAGAACUCCUCUUGUAGAAAUGGGAUGCUAUGGGAUACGAUGGAAAAGGAAAAGAAAUGCUGUGGUGUUAUCUAUGACUCCAGACAUUUUAAAUAUCAGAUACAAUAAGUUUGACUGAAAAUAGCAUGGUUAAUGUUGUUUUCAGAAAUCCAAGUGUUUGACACAAAUGCUCUUUCCAUGUGACGUAAUAUUGAUUCAUUUGUAAUCAAAUUUUUCUGUUCUCCGCCAUUUCAUUUUUCACACAGUAUGUGUAACGAUACUAACUAUAACAGCUCUGUGAUCAUAAAAACAUUGAAAGAAAUAAACUUUGUUUUUUAUUUGAAA